AUUUAAGAGUCUCACGUUUUCAAAGGAAAUGUCUCUUGGUAGCGAAGCAUGUAUUCUCAAACUCAGAAAAGAAGUCAAUCUACUUCAUGAUUUUGUUGAAAAGCUCAACAGACGCGCAAAAAUGAGGAAUGCAUACUCGUGGAAGUUUCCUGGAAAAUCAGCCCUGGAGAUAAAAAUUCAUUCUGUCUUAUCCAAGUGUAAUUAUUCUCAAACUAACCAGUCAUCAAAUACCAUAUUGCACGUAGUUUUACUUGAGAUGAUAAUCGAUAGGUGCUUACUUAUCUUUCAAAUCCUGAGCUAUAUAUGCAAGGUAGAUGCCCUUUACUCCUAUCCAUGUUCUGAAGACGUGAAUUCAUUGAGUUCUUGCGUCAGUGAACACAUAUCGGUUGUCUAUGCUCUUACAGAUGCGAUCAAUGCUAAUACCGAAGCAAAAGAAAAUGAUGAAAAGAAAGACGACGGUAUCCGCUGUCAGUUAAACAGUCCCCUAACGGAUAAAUACAUGGACAGCACAAUAGCUGCUGAAGCUCUGAAGUGGAUUUCUGACGUAGAGCGUUUCUAUAACUCUCCUUCUCAAAUUACAUCAAAAUUUACUGGUAAUAAUGUCGAAAUAACAACCAAAUCUCAGGAAUGUCAGACUGAUGAUGGUUUAACUCGUAGUGACACUUAUUCACCGAUAUUUUCCUCCAUCGUUCAAGUUUUAGCAAAGUGUCUGGUAAAGCCAAUGGAUACAUACAACUUACCUUCAGAAACUGGACGAUUUGUACGUGAAGUCAACAAUGUAGCAUCAAGAAAUAACUACGACUUAGAGGAAUUAAAUUCUCUGCUUCUGUUUAUUGAAAGGGAUUUGUUACGUCUUAUAAAAUAUCUGGAUUUGAACAGUUCAUCUAGUAAGAAUAUGAAAGACCAAUUAGAAUCAAUGAAAAGUGAGAAUCAUCAAUUGUCAAAGGAGCUUUCAGAUGCUCAGAAUGAAUAUAACAAUCUCAAUGAGAAAUUAUCUAAAGAAUUGAGUGAAUUAAAUAAGAAUUAUAAAAAAGCACAAAAAGAGAAUUCAAAAUUCAAAACCAACUUGGAAGAUUUAAACAAAGCGUUAAACGUUAAAGAUACACGAAUACAAGAAUUAGAAAAUCAGCGUCAAGCAUUGGAAAAUAAUUUGGAUCACAUUGAAAGACUAUUUAAUACCGACGUGGAUCAGCUGAAUGACGAUAAUUUGCCAUCAAAAUCACCGCCAUCAUCAUCGUUAUCAAAUGUUCAAUCAUGUAUUCUAGAACUUCAGAGGAAACUGGCAUCUACUACAAAAGAUUAUCAGUCUGCCUUGAAACAAUUAGAAGUCAAAGAAAUGGAGAAUCAAAAUAUGAAUUCACAAUUCACGAUGCGAUCAAUGCUAGUAAGAAUAAGUGCUUACAAUUCUAACGUACUAGAUAACGAAGCAAAGGAAAAUGAUGAAAACAAAGAUGGUAGUAUUCGCUGUCAGUUAAACAGUCCCCUAACGGAUAAAUACAUGGACAGCACAAUAGCUGCUGAAGCUCUGAAGUGGAUUUCUGAUGUAGAGCGUUUCUAUAACUCUCCCUCUCAAAUGGCAUCAAAACUUACUGGCAAUAAUGCAGAAAUAACAACCAAAUCUCAGGAAUGUCAGACUGAUGUUGGUUUAAAUCGUAGUGAUACUUAUUCACCGAUUUUUUCCUCCAUCGUUCAAGUUUUAGCAAAGUGCCUGGUAAAGCCAAUGGAUACGUACAAUUUACCUUCAGAAACUGGACGAUUCAUACGUGAAGUCAACAAUGCACCAUCAAGGAAUAAUUACGACUUAGAGGAACUGAAGUCUCUGCUUCUGUUUAUUGAAAGGGAUUUGUUACGUCUUAUAAAAUAUUUGGAUUUGAACAGUUCGUCUAGUAAGAAUAUGAAAGACCAAUUGGAAUCAAUGAAAAGUGAGAAUAAUCAAUUGUCAAAGGAGCUUUCAGAUGCACAGAAUGAAUAUAACAAUCUCAAUGAGAAAUUAUCUAAAGAAUUAAGCGAAUUAAAUAAGAAUUAUAAAAAAGCGCAAAAAGAGAAUUCAAAAUUCAAAACCAACUUGGAAGAUUUAAACAAAGCGUUAAAGGUUAAAGAUACACGAAUACAAGAAUUAGAAAAUCAAUGUCAAGCAUUGGAAAAUAAUUUGGAUCACAUUGAAAAACUAUUUAAUACCGACGUGGAUCAACUAAAUUGCGAUAAUUUGCCAUCAAAAUCACCGCCAUCAUCAUCGUUAUCAAAUGUUCAAUCGUGUAUUCUAGAGCUUCAGAGGAAACUGGAAUCUACUACAAAAGAUUACCAGUCUGCCUUGAAACAAUUAGAAGUCAAAGAAAUGGAGAAUCAAAAUAUGAAUUCACAAUUCACGAUGCUUACUAAGAAACAUGAAAAACUUUUAUCCCGAAUAAAUGAACUAACUGAGAUCAAUGAAAAAUUAGAAGAACAACUGAAAGAUAAGAAUAAUUCGAUGGAACAUCUGAACUCUGAGAUAAAUAAUUAUAAAAGUAAAAUACAAGAGUUGGAGAAAUCAAUACAAGAGAUCAAGAACAAAUCAACUGAAAAUGAGAGCGUUAAAAGUCAAAUUCAAAUGAAUCUUGAACAAGUGAAGUUGGAAAAUAAUGAAUUAUGUCAAAAGUUGAAUAAAUUGAAUGAAGAUCUUUUACAUAUGGCUCAAUAUCCUGAUUUAAAUGGACCAAUUGUGUUUGAAAAUGAAAAUUGUGUAAAAUCUGUUCAUGAAGAAUUAGAAGGACAAAUUCACGCCAAUGAACUCCGUAUUACUUUAUUGACGGAACAAACUAAACGGUUACGUAAUGCCUUAUUAGUUAUGAAUGAAAAACAUGACGCGAAUAUUCAUACGACACAAUCAAUAAAACAAGAAGACACGGAAUUAUUGUCACCAAAAAUUGAUCAUUUAACAUUGAACAAUAUUACACCGAGUAUAAGUAGAUCAAAUUCUUCUAUUUUAUCAAUUGACAAGAUUUCAACAGAAAAUCAAUCAACAAAAGAAGAUGCCUCAUGCAUACGUUCUAAAACAUACACAAAAUCAAAAAUUAUACCGAAUGGAUCUGUUGAGAAUCAUUCAAAUAUACAAUUGUGGUCUGGUCCAAGUACAACAGCAAAAGGUAUUGUGGUGAAAGUUUAA